CGCUCCUUUCGCACCGUCGUCACCGCGCGUCAUGUCAGCGGCGCCACUGCCAUCAUCAUCAUCUUCAUCAUCACCCCGACUACAGCGUCCCUGUUCGUUGAAUGGUGUUUUUGUAUCAUAGGCAUUUUGGUUGAAGGAUUCUGGACCACCACUAAAAUGGGAAAGAAAAAAACGAAGCGGAAUUCUCAGCAGGAUGAUGAAUCAUCUGAUAAUUUGGUAGGACGGUGUGAGCACAUUCGUAGGGGAUUGGACUGCAGCCAGAUUAAGAAGCUGUUACCCCAGAGUCAGUGGAAGGCUUGUGAAGACUGCAAAUGUGAUUCUAAAACUAACCAAAAACAAGAGGAAUCUGAUGAAAGUCCCACGGUCUGGUUGUGCUUGAAGUGUGGACAUCGGGGUUGUGGGAGGGAAUCAGAAGAACAGCAUGCUAUUAAGCAUUACGAGAAGCUACAUUCAGAUCCCCAUUGUGUUGUUCUUAGUUUGGAUCACUGGGGUGUUUGGUGCUAUUUGUGUGAUGACGAAGUUCAUUACGGAGCCAAGGGUCAGUUGGGGCAAACCAUAGAAUACAUCCGAAAAAGAACUGCUGCUAAGUAUGCCAAAGAAACUGUACUGCCUCAAACAAAUCUAAAAGAACAGAAGAAUGAAGAGACAGAGGAAAAAGAGACAAAAUCUGAGAAGCCUGAACAAGAAAAUACUUUAACACAAACGAUUACACAGAUACCAGUAAAAGGAUUCAGCAAUCUUGGCAACACUUGUUUUUUUAAUGCUGUGAUGCAGAAUUUAUCACAGACCUAUGUUCUGAAUGAGUUGAUUCAAGAGGUAAAACUGAAUCGGACUGCAAUUACACUUGUACCACCCAGUGACUCAAAUCUGGGUCCCUUGGAAAUUCAGGUUGAUCAGCCGGGGCCACUGACAUCAGCCAUGUGUCAGUUUCUUCUUGACAUCCAAGAUACUAAGAAAAAUGUUGUUACCCCAAAGGAACUGUUCACUCAGGUCUGCAGAAAGGCAAUACGAUUUAAGGGGUUUCAACAGCAGGAUAGUCAGGAGUUGCUUCGUUAUCUAUUAGAUGGAAUGAGAAGUGAAGAGAUCAAACGUAUAGGUGCUGGCAUUUUAAUAGCCUUAAAUUACUCCUCAGAAAUGAUGGAAGAUGAAGAAUCCAGGAAAACUGUUAAAGUGUAUGAGAAGGAAGGAUCCACACAGAACUUUGUGGACCGGAUUUUUGGCGGCGCAUUGACUAGUACGAUAAUGUGUGAAGAAUGUAAAACGGUCACUUUAGUGAAAGAAUCCUUUUUAGACUUGUCCCUGCCUGUUUUGGAUGUACAGAUUGAUAAGAAAAAAUCACUGGGGAAAGGUGGGAGGAAAACUACUGAAGAUGAUCAGAAUGAAAACAGUGAAUAUAUCAAUGGAAAUGUUAUUUCCAAGAACAGAGGUGACGUUUCAACUGGCAUCACUAAACAUCAACAAAAGAAGGCAAAGAAACAAGCUAAAAAGCAAGCCAAGACUCAGCGGCGAAAUCAAAAGCUGCAGGCAAAAGUUCUUGAUUUCAGUGAUUUGUCGACUGUUGAGAAUCUUUUGGAUGAGGGUGAGAGCAGUGAAGAUGUGUCUUCAGAGGACAAGAUGCAACUCAAUUCACAUUCUGUGCAGGAAGAGAUCUCGCCAGAACAGAGCCCAUGUGGCAAUUUAUCUUCUGACCAGUGUCUUGAGACUACAUUAAAUGAAUGCACUGAAGAUUGUAACAAAGAACUAAGCCAAGAAAAUGCUGAGGCAGAAAAUGAGGAUGAGGAGUCAAGUGAAACUGUGCAAAUGGAUCAUUUUCCUAUCUCCAAUAAUGAUUCUUUAGAUAUCUUUAACUCAAACCUAGUAAAUGAGAACCGAUUUAAUACACUUUGUCCAAAUGAAGAGGAUAUGAUCAAUAAUAUGAAUAAAUUGAACUUGAACGAUUGUUUAGUGAAUCAUGAUGAAAUAAUGAUAGAUUUUAAGAACUGUGAAAACUCAUCUGAAAAUACACAUCAUCCUCUGUCUUCCACGAAAGAUAAACGGGUGGUUUGUCUGGAUCCAGAGAGAGCAUUUUGCACGCUUGCAAACCGAGAAAUAGUCAAUUUGCAGGACUGUUCCAUUGGGGCCUGUUUACGACAUUUUACCCAGGAGGAGAAACUUACUGGAGCAAAUAAACUGCUGUGUGAAGAAUGUACACAAAGUAUGCACCAAGGUGGAUCAAAGACCAAUCCAAAUGAUGACCAGAACGUUUACACGAAUGCCCAAAAACAAAUGCUUAUUUCAUCUGCUCCUCCAGUUCUUACACUUCACUUGAAAAGAUUCCAGCAGUUGGGGUUUAAUCUUCGUAAAGUAAACAAGCACAUCCAUUUUCCACAAGUGCUUGAUCUUGCUCCAUUCUGUGCUGUAAAUUGCAAGAAUGUGGCAAAAGAGUGUGUGAAGGUUUUGUACAGCCUAUAUGGUGUGGUAGAGCACAGUGGCACAAUGAGGUCUGGACAUUAUACUGCCUAUGUCAAGGUACGCACUCCAAGCUGUCAGCUCUCUGAACAUGUGCGGAAUACAGAUACACCGAAAGCAGUGACUGAAGCAGAGCCAUCCAAAGGGAGCUGGUUCCAUAUAAGCGAUGCACACAUGCAAGCAGUGCCUCAGACUAAAGUGCUAAGUGCCCAAGCCUACCUCCUGUUUUAUGAGAGAAUUCUUUAACUAUCACUCGUGAAGUGGACAUCACGGUUACCAAUUGGUUCGCACUUCUUUUGAUUCCUUUGAUUUUCUUCUGAAAUUUAGUGUAGUGUCUAAGUUAUAUAAAUCUAUGCAACAUUUAUUAAAAAUGAGACUCUGUAGACAACUGCUUAUUGUAUAUGAACUGGGUACAAUCAACCACAGUGUUUGAUGUCUAAUUUGUGCUCGUUUGAAUAGUAUUAUAGUUAGUAAAAAGAAAUGUAUUUGCCUUGUUUUAUUAAACAAAAAAUGUUUUGGUUGUUUUGAAAGAAAGCCAUAAAAAACACAUUGGGCAAUAAAAUGUAUUCACAUAAGCAGUA